AGUUGAUUGUUAAAAUACAGCGAAUGCGCACGUUUCUUAGAACGGACGGAUUGUUGCAGACGAUUAAUUUGAAUUAUUUAAAUUCAAAUGUCAAAUAUUUCAUAUUCGUACGGUAAAACUAAGGAAAGGAAAAUAAAAAAAAACUAGUUCUGGAACUAACAUUAGUGAAAUGAAAAAUAAAGUGUAAGAAAAGAAGAAAUAUUAUCUAAUUAAAAGCGAUCGAAGGUAAAUAGCAAAAAAAAAAACGCGAUAAUAACUCGCAUGUUUAUAUUCAAACAAUGCGAUCGUCGUGACCGCCGUGGAUCAUAUAAAAUGGGAAUUAUUUUAUAAAUGUUGUUUUAAAAUAAAAGUGAAACAUUACUUUGGAAUUUUGAUAAUGGUGCUAUUGUAAAUGUUUUGAAACAAUAAAAAAAAAACUAUUAAAACAUAACAAACAAACAAAAAAUAUAUAUAUAUAUAUAAACAUUUAAACAUACAGAAGAAAAGAUAUCUCUAGAUACAUGCAACUUCGUAUGUAAAUGUAACAACAAACGGAACGAUGGAUGGAUUUCUUUCCUAGAAUUUAAACUGCUGCGAGUACAACUACAAGAAGAGUUACACGCUUGUAACAAAAUAUAUAAGAAAUUAAAGAAAAUUAAAUAAAAUUAAACAAAAACAUAAAAUUAUUGCCAUAAUUGCAUGAGAGUUAAGUGAAAAUUAAAAAAAUAUAUAUAAAAAAAGAAAAUACACAACACAAUAACAAGAAACCGACCGAAGAUUCCAAAACUCAAAUAAUAAUAAAAAAACAACAACAAAAUAAACAAACAAGUGUUUCCAGAGUUACAACAAUCAACAUUGCAAAAGUUUUUGUUGCUGUUGUUAGUAGCAGCAAUUGUUUUUUUGUUGCAUUAAAUUAAUUGUUAAAUUGAUGAACAAGUUUGUGUGUUUUUUUUAAUUUUCUCAACAACUGUUUAAUAGACCAACAACAACAAUAACUAAAACUUAACAACGUCAACACCAACAACAUCUAGUUAAGAGAUUUGAUCACAACACAUCACAUCUAGAUUAACUAACAAUUCUUUUGAGAAUAGAAUUUAUUAAGGAUACAAACAAACAGACAGGCAGGCAGAAAGACAACGUGUUUCCCUCUGAUAUUUCAAAACUAUAGAAAAAAAACAUCAGAAUUUUGCGCCUCGUUUAGAGAGCCUACAAUGGCAGUAUCCUGCCCUGAAGUUAUGUACGGUGCUUAUUAUCCAUAUUUAUAUGGCCGUGCUGGACCAAGUCGUUCAUUUUAUCAAUAUGAAAGAUUCAAUCAAGAUUUGUAUUCAUCAUCUGGUGUGCAAUUGGCAUCGUCCAGCGCAUCGGGCAGUUCACAUUCACCCUGCAGUCCUAUAUUACCGCCAUCGGUGAGUGCCAAUGCGGCGGCUGCUGCUGUGGCAGCUGCUCACAAUACGGCAGCGGCAGUUGUGGCAGCCGCAGCACAAACAGCAAAUCAGGCCUCAUCUUCCUCUAGUUUAAGUGCAAAUUUACCUUUGAGUGCGGGCAGCAGCGGUAGUAGUGGGGGCGCUGGCGGCGGCGGCGCUGGUGGGGGCGGUGUUGUUGUCGGCUCAAAUGUAACGGGAGCUAUACACGGUAGUGCGGGUGCAAGUCUGAUGGGCAGUAGUAUUGGCAAUACUCUACAUAGUAGAACACAUACCAAAGAAGAGGAUCUGGGUGCGGUACCACGAAAUGAUGCUGAAGCGCGUUUAGUGGGUGCUCAUCAUCAUAAUGAGUCGUCGUGUUCCUCGGGUCCAGAUUCUCCGCGCCAUCAUUCAAUGCAUCAAGGUGGUGGUGCCCAAGCGAAGGAAUUACCCUUGGAUACCACCAGCAUAAAUGCUGGUCAAGGGAGAGCACAAUAUUUAUCAGCCACCUGCGUCGUUUUUACAAAUUAUUCCGGUGAUACAGCCAGUGUCGUGGAUGAGCACUUCUCACGAGCUCUCAAUUUCAAUAAUAAAGAAAGUAAAGAAUCAACCACACCAAUGUCUACUCGUAAUUUCCCACCUUCAUUUUGGAAUAGUAAUUAUGUGCAUCCUGUAACGGCAACAACACAUCCGCAGAUGAGCGAUUUGUAUUCAUCUGAUGGUGGUUAUGCAACAGAUCCUUGGGUACCCCAUGCAGCGGCUCACUAUGGCACUUAUGCACAUGCUGCCCAUGCUCAUGCGGCUCAUGCUCAUGCCUAUCAUCAUAAUAUGGCGCAAUAUGGAAGCCUCUUGCGUUUGCCCCAACAGUAUGGCCACAGUUCAAGACUGCAUCAUGACCAACAGACCGCCCAUGCGUUAGAAAGUGCUGCUGCGUAUUCCAGUUACCCCACAAUGGCUGGUCUAGAAGCUCAAGUUCAAGAGUCCUCUAAGGAUUUAUAUUGGUUUUAAGUACUAUA